AUGGAUGAUAUUCUAGAGGCACCAAAAUAUGUGUAUAAGCCUUUAGGGAAGAUAAAAGUGGUUGCUUCUGAAGUUUGGAAGGAGACUCAUAAGCCACAAAAUAAGAAGGAUAUGGAACUUGUUCAAAAUGAGGUGAAAGAGGUAGUCUCAUCAACGAUCUUGAUGCCUAUAAUGUCAAUAAGUGUAGCCACUAGAAGAACUCUUCAAAAUACAACUGCAUCUUCUGUAAUCUCAGCUCCUGUGAAGAAACUGGGGAAGAUGAUUCUACCUCUUGAAGAAGAAGAUGAGGAAGAUGAUCAACCUCUGAAUAGGAAGUCCAAGGAGGUGAAGAAACAGAAUAAGGCCUUGGAAAAGCCAUCAGAUGUUGAGUUUUUGAAGCAACAGGCUGGGGAAGUAGAAGUUGUUGCUGAAUCUAUUUUGAAGAAUGUUGGAGAAACUUAUGAAGCUGGAGAAACUCCAGAAGUUAUUGUGGGAACUGAAAUAACUGAUGAAGCUACUCCAGAUGUUGCAGAAGCUGUAAACCAACCUCAAACUCUAACCUCAAACCCCAACCUCAAACUCUGA